CACCCUUCCAGCCUGAUGUCUUGCGUCAAGUUGUGGCCUAGCGGAGCCCCAGCCUCCCUGGUGCCCAUCGAGGAAUUGGAGAACCCGAAGUUGGUUGGCAAAGGCGGGUUUGGCACCGUGUUCCGGGUGCAACACAGGUCGUGGGGUCAUGAUGUGGCAGUCAAGAUCGUGAACUCGGAGGCGAUAUCCAGGGAGGUGAAGGCCAUGGCAAAUCUGCGUAACCAGUACGUCCUGCUCCUGCUGGGGGUCACUGAGAAGCUGGAGUGGGACUACGUGUCCGGGCCAGCUCUGGUGACUCGAUUCAUGGAGAAUGGGUCCCUGGCAGGGCUGCUGCAGCCCCAGUGCCCUCGGCCCUGGCCGCUCCUCUGCCGCCUGCUGCAGGAGUUGGUGCUCGGGAUGUGUUACCUGCACAGCCAGAACCCCGUCCUUCUGCACCGAGACCUCAAGCCUUCCAAUGUCCUGCUGGACUCAGAGCUGCAUGUCCAGCUGGCAGAUUUUGGCCUGUCCACGUUUCAGGGAGGCUCACAGUCAGGGGCAGGAUCAGGGAAGGCAGGGGGCACCCUAGCCUACUUGGCCCCAGAACUGUUGGCUGAUAUAAACCAGAAGGCCUCCAUGGCCAGUGAUGUCUACAGCUUCGGGAUCCUAAUGUGGGCAGUGCUAGCUGGAAGAGACCAUGAGAUAGUGUCCCAGAUAUCGCUGGUGAAGGCAGCAGUGUGUGAAAGGAAGGUCCGGCCCCCCUUGACUGAGCUGCCCAAGCCCGGCCCUGAGACUCCUGGCUUGGAGGGACUGAAGGAGUUAAUGCAGCACUGCUGGAGCCAUGAGCCCAAAGACAGGCCCUCCUUCCAAGACUGCCGUCCAAAAAUGAAGAAAGCUUUCCGUCGGGUGGAGGACAAGAUAGAAGAUGCUGUCUCCAUGGUGAAGAAGUUCAUGUUUGAGCACAGGGGCAGCAACAGGACGAUGUUUACCCCUGAGCCAGGCCCAAGAAAGACAGAAAUGGAUGGCCCUGGGCAAACCACAGGAAGCUGCAAUACUGUGGCUGAGAUGUUGAACAACCUGAAUGUGGAGGGGUUCCCCAACUCUGUUCCUGAAAAGUGUACAAACACUCCUGAGAGGAUCAGGGCACAAGGAAAGCAGGUUCAGCAUGACCGGACAGCAGGGACAUCUGACUCAACAGCUCGACCUCCCCAAACUCCAGAGAACUCACCUUUCAGAAACCAGGUACUCAGCCCCUCCUCAGCUUGGACCCCAGGUCCUGGACCCCAAGGGAAUCAGGGGGCUGAGAGACCUGGUACCCACUGGCCUCCCAGGGCGCCGGAGCCAAGUCCAAUACCAGGGCUAUCAUCCCUCACCAUCCGUGACUGCCAAGGAAUACAGUUGGGAAACAACAACUACCUGCUUAUGCAAGGAGGAACCGCCUUGUCCACGCAGGGCCCGGCACCUUGGGGCAUGGGCAGGGGCUGUCAGCGCGCCCCGCCACGAGCACGUUCGAAAGAACGGCCGCCACAACCUGAAGCCUGGAGUGGACCGCAGGAUCCGUACAAUAAUAGCAGGAAUUGA